GAGACGGACGGCGAGGCGGUGUCCAAGACCCUCUGGACGAACAGGACGACGAUGACGUCCCCGGGGUGACGAGUGGUGCGAAGUGAGUGGCAGUGACAGUGUACAGUGCAUCACCAUUGGAUUAACGCCUCGUCCCGGCCCACCGCUUCAUCCAGAGCCAUGCCGCCGCUGCCGCCGCUGCGACUGCUGUGUGUGGGCGCGCUGCUGCUGGUCUGGGCCGUGCCCGUGGACCCGCAGUGGCGGGUGUUCCGCACCGCGUCCAUGUCGCCGUCCUCGUACAACCGGGUGAACCGGGACACCAACGUGCCCGUGAGCGAGCUGCGGUACCCGGGCUACGUGGUGGGCGGCUCCUCGCGCGGCAAGGCGUCCCGCGCCGCCAGCACCCAGCCGCCCCGGAACCGGCGCCAGUACCGCGGCUACAGCAAGCAGAGCACGUUCACGCUGCUGCGGCAGCUCAUCGCGGAGACCGCUAACGAGACGCGCACCGCCUUCAACCAGAUCGGUGACAUCCUGGGCUCCCAGUUCGCGGACUCGCGUCCGCAGGCGGCCACCACGACCACCACGUCGACCACGCCGGCCGCCCCAGCUGACGCGAACUCGAGCUCGGUGUCCACGGAGGCCACCAGCACCACGACCACGGAGGCGCCCUAUCGCAUCUCCAGGCAGGAGCUGUUCAGCAUCCUGCAGAGGAACUCGAUCGGCAUCGGCAGGGUGUUCCGCCGCGAGUACGACCAGGCCAUGCAGGACUCGAAGGUGAACCUGAACCGCUUCAAGCAGGAGUUCCGUCUCGCGGUGGCCCCGUUCCUGCAGCCCGCCACCACCGAUGCGCCGUCCACGACGGCGCGCAGAUGAGCGCGCUUGCCAGGACGGCCCCGAGGACGCUGCAGGGUCCCGCAGGACGACAUCCCGGGACGUCCCGUGCAGCCCGCCUCCAGGGGGCCCGAGCGAAGCGCGCGCCGCCUCGCCGCCUCAGCUCUAGUCAGUCACCGCAGGCGACGCGGUGAAGCAUGCCGGCAGCCAGGCAGCCAGGCAGCCAGGCACGGCGCAGCUACAAGCAGCGCGGCCGGCCCGCCAGCCUGCUCGUUAGCGCCCAAAUUAGUUCGCCACCUCUCCGCAAAGCAAAGCGCCACCGUCACCCCCCGGGCCGGGCCGCCCCAGCCGGCCCCCCGGAACGCCAGCAUUUGAUUUUGCGCGGUUCUAAUCCGUUUACUUAUCCGUCCGCCUUUUCGCUCCGCUUUAAAAUUCCCAAGCGCCGCAAGCGCGCAGACAAACAGGGCGACAGUUUUGUUGGCCCGCCUGCCUCGGCCUCGACCGCCCCCGCCAAGGGGCGACGUGACUCCCAGCCGCAGAGGCCUUGCGGCGAGGCUAGGCCAAGGGCACCACGGGCCUGGUGGGCCUGGUGGACCUCACUAACUGGAGGCCUGCAGAUUUUUGAUGGCAAGCCGAGCAGCGAGACGCCAUGACCGCCUGUUCGCCUGGCCCUGGUGGUGGACGACCCUUGUUGUCUUUUAGAUUACGGUGUGAAAGAUAGUCUAGGGAAAUCUUCGUGUUCCCUUGUUAAAAUAGACGCUUGGCAUCAAACCCGAAUUGCUGAGUUGGUUAAGGCUCAAACGUUACCGGUUAAGAUAUUAUUUUAAAGAUAGGGUAAUUUAAUUUUUUUAGAUCGUUGACCCCCUUGGCAUGGCAGCGUACUCAAGCGAAAAGCACCAGUCUACCUGCCUGGCUUAUUUUUAGGGAAAUGUGAUGGUACACAGAUUCAUCUAUUCCUCCCCCAAUAGAGAUUUAAAGUGCCAUAGUUUAUAAGUUAUUGUGAGACUUCUUCGAAAGCACCAUUUCACCAAGUAGUAAGAGCACUGUCACUUCUUUACUGCCAUUCUUGGAUUAUUUCAGUGUGAUACCUCAUGCCCGGUGCAUGUAGUUUUCGUGAUAUUUGAUGCUUUGUGAUGUCAGUGAAUGCUCAAUGAAACAGUGAAGAGUUAAGGAUACCGGUAGCAAAGUACAAACCAUUUGUUCUUGCCAGUGUAAGUUAUGACCUGAACUCGCCAGGACAAUGUCGGGAAGAAUAGCCACGAAAGUUUCUGCAAGUUUUACGAUUUAAACCACUCGGACGAUCUAGGGACAGUGGUCGUUAAUGAUUAUAUUUUGGUAUAAGUUUCGAAGAGGCGAUGCAAAAAUCUAGAUGAUAUAAAAUCAUAGAAAAAAUAGCUCCUCAAACCAUCUUGUUCAGUAACUAAAUUAUUUCUAGAAAGGUAGUUUCUAUUGAUUGUUUCAAUCUAAUUGAAACACUUUCAAAUAAAUGUAUUUAUUUAUUGCUAAUUCAUCUAGUCAGAUGAUGGCUCAUAAGAGCUGGACAGCCUUUGAGAUGUUCUAAUGAAGGUUAUUCUUGGCACAAGAAUUAAGCACUCUCAUGUGUUCCCUUGUAUUUUGUCGGCGUUCAAAAUUUGUUUGCCUGGAAAGGACAAAUAUAGCAUCUGUUCUCUGUAAAUGAAAAGUCAAAGUACUUGAAAAUAAAGAACUAAUAAAAUUGUA